AUGAAGUGUACUGUAGCCCUACUACUUGUUGUUGGUAUUGCCUGUGCAGCAAGCUUGCAAAAAACAGACAGAGAGAGGGAAGUCGUUGGACAAGGUCGUGAAGUUAGAGAAUUGGCUGGAGAACACCGUGAAGUUAGAGAAUUAGAUGGCCAACGUCGGGAGCUUAAAGAGCCAGUCCAAGUUUCAUUGUCGUUGAAAGAAGCCCAAUAUCUGGUUAGCAAGUUCCAAUGGAGAAGAGUACCACCUUGUGAUGAGACCUGUACCAACGGUGGAGAUCCUUACUCUUGUUGUCAAGCUCAUGGCAUACCAAGAGGUGGACACUGUAACGAAAACAACCAAGUCUUCUGUGAUGACUAA